GACUCGAAGCGGACGGCUGUUACUUUCAAAAUUCAUGGCAGGUAAUGUAUAGAAGAAAAAGAAACAAAAUCGAUUUUUAGUGAUAUUUCGUUUCUUGCUACAGAUUAAGAAAUUAAGCCUUUUACACACCAUGAUGCAGCAAACACUGUGACAAAUAUAUAAUUCUAAAAUAUGGUUACUGACUUUAAAGAAUUUGGAAUCUCUAUGCAAUGAGUGUGUUUGAAGGCAACGGACCCACAUGGUAAUUAAUUUGUGUUUCAGAGCUGCCAUUGAUUACCCAAAUCGAGUUUCCCCGAGUCGUUUCAGACUGAUGGAAGAAAAUAAAAAUUUGAUCUUUUUUUCAGACAUAGUAAUACAUUAAUUGGGGUUUUAGUGCAAUUAGAUUAUGAACAUUAGGCGACUUAAAACGGUUUUCUCUCUCCCUCUCUAGAUUUUCUUAAAUGGGUGUCUCAUGUGUCGCAAUGGGCUGAGUUUUGGAAUCUUCUGGUGGUUAAAGAAGUGGUUUUUGUGUCAGAACAACUCUGUUUUUUUUUGGAGGGGUUGACCUAGAUUUGUUGUCUGAUUCCAAAAUUUUUAUAGUAUAUAAUCGAAGGGUGUUUUGCAGUGGGACUGAGAUUUUGGGUUGGUUGCAUAUGGGGCGUGUGACCUGUUGAUUCGGGGCUGGGAGAGAGAUAGAGAGAGAGUUAUGAGAGAGAAGACAUCACCUCUCUGCAUUUUGCUGCAUUGAUUGCAGCUUUGAUGAAAUCAACAACUGGAGCUUUUUUUGCAGUUUUGUGUUUUUCUUGAGUUUUUGAGCUCUGGGAUAUUCUCUCUGUUCAUAGAGAGAGAGAGAGAGAGAGAGAGAGAGAGAGAGAGAGAGAGAGAGUUUAGCUGUUCUUCUCGAAGAUCUGUGCAAGAACUUUGGAGUUUUUGAGGAAUUAGCUGAAUACUAAGUUUGUAAAGUUUAAUUUUUUUGUGUUUUGGGAUUUGGGGCUGCUGGAGUUGAAGAGAUGGCUUGUAUGAAGUUGGGAUCCAAAACUGAUGCAUUCCAGCGGCAAGGGCAAGCCUGGUUCUGCACUACUGGUCUCCCUAGUGAUGUAGUUGUCGAGGUUGAGGAAAUGUCGUUUCAUCUUCACAAGUUUCCGUUGCUUUCACGCAGCGGGGUGAUGGAGCGUCUCAUUGCAGAGGCGUCCGAGGGAGACGAAGGCUGCGUGAUCAAGCUCUCCGAUGUCCCCGGUGGGGCAAAAACGUUUGAGCUCGUAGCUAAGUUCUGCUACGGGGUGAAACUCGAGCUCACUGCAUCGAACGUGGUGUACCUUCGAUGUGCUGCUGAGCAUCUCGAGAUGACUGAUGAGUUUGGGGAGGGCAACCUCGUUUCUCAGACCGAGAUCUUUCUCAAUCAGACGGCUCUACGGAGCUGGAAGGACUCUUUGAAAGCGUUGCAGACGUGUGAUGAUGUGCUCUCCGAUGCCGAGCAGCUCCACAUCCCGAGGAGAUGCAUCGACUCGUUGGCUGCCAAGGCGUGCACCGACCCUGCUCUGUUCGGGUGGCCUAUGAUGGAGCGUGGUGGCCCGAUGCAGAGCCCCGGAGGGAGCGUGCUGUGGAACGGGAUAAGCACGGGCGCUCGACCGAAGCAUUCGAGUGCGGAUUGGUGGUACGACGAUGCCUCGACCCUGAGCCUGCCUCUGUACAGAAGGUUGAUCUCGGUCAUGGAAUCGCGAGGCGUAAAGCAGGAGAUAGUUGCCGGCUCUCUCGUUUGCUACGCGAGGAAAUACCUACCGGGGCUGAACCGGCGCCAGGGUGGCGGUGAGUCGAGCAGUCGUCUUGCGCCGGUGGUGUCGGGGGCCUUGCUCUCGGAGGAGGAUCAGAGAGCUCUCCUCGAAGAGAUCGAUCGCUUGCUUCCCGUGCAGAAGGAUCUCGUUCCGGCGAAAUUCUUGUUCGGUCUGCUCCGAACGGCCCGGAUUCUUCGAGCCAGCGCCUCGUGCGUGUCGAACCUGGAGAAACGGGUCGGGGUGCAGCUCGAUCAGGCGACGCUCGAGGAUCUCCUGAUGCCGAACGUCUCUUACUCGAUGGAGACGCUGUACGACGUGGACUGCGUUCACCGGAUUCUGGAGCAUUUCUUGGCCAUGGAUCAGGUGGUUGGCGAUGCAUCUCCUGGCUCAGUUGAUGAUGGCCAAUUGAUGGGAUCACCAUCACUAACACCCAUCACCAUGGUGGCCAAGUUGAUCGACGGAUACCUCGCGGAGGUCGCCCCCGACGUUCACCUCAAACUCCCCAAGUUUCACUCGCUCGCUGCUGUCGUGCCCGAGUACGCCCGGCCCUUGGACGACGGCCUCUAUCGCGCGAUCGACGUUUAUCUCAAGUCUCACCCAUGGUUGGCCGAGCCCGAGCGAGAGCAGCUCUGCAGGCUGAUGGACUGCCAGAAGCUCUCGCUCGAGGCUUGCACCCACGCAGCUCAGAACGAGAGGCUGCCGUUGCGAAUAAUAGUCCAAGUCCUCUUCUUCGAGCAGCUGCAGCUGAGAACCUCCAUCGCAGGCUGCUUCCUCGUCUCUGAAAACCUCGACGGGUCGAGGCAGCUGAGGAGCGGGCUGAUGGGGGGGGCGAACGAGGGGGGCUGGGCCACCGCGGUGAGGGAAAACCAAGUCCUGAAAGUCGGGAUGGACAGCAUGAGGAUGAGGGUGUCGGAGCUCGAGAAGGAGUGCUCCAACAUGAGGGAAGAGAUCGACAAGUUGGGGAAGGCGAAGGGGUCGAGCGCGUGGGGGAGCGUGUCGAAGAGGCUCGGGUUCCGGCUGAAGUCACAGAUGUGCAGUGCUCAGGAAGGAUCCGUGAGCAAGCAGAAUAAUGGGAGCAAAAAGGUUGAAAAGGUUAGAGAGAAGCAAGGAGGGAAGGAAAAGAAAAGCGUACAUUUGAAUGAACAGAAAGAAGACUAAUUUUCUUGAUUUUGAUUGUUUCCUCUAACGUUGUUUUUUUUUCCAUUAUUACAGUUGUUGUUGUGUGAUAUUUGAUGAUCAUUCUUGCCCCCAUUGAUUUCUUCUUCAUCUGUAACUUAGGUAGUGUGCAAGUGUAAUUGUGUGAACAGUUUUCUAAUUUGUUGAGAUUUUUUUUU